AUGAAAUUUGUCCGUCUCUCGUACGCGCGCUUUGAGGAGCGGUGGCGCUACGAAAGUGAGUGGUGGUUGGGCGGGUGGGAUGACGAAGUGGGGGGCGGGUGGGAUGACGAAGUGGCCGCUUGGGUGCCCUCGGGAAGACUCUUAGUCGGGUCCGAGCUUGGGUGGCCGAGAGCCAUCGGGUUCAACCUUGGUGUGUUGGGAGCCGUCGGGUCGAGAAUCUCCGGGUCGCGAGGUAGUGGGCCGGAAGCCGUUGGGUCGAGGACCUCCGGGUUGCGACGUAGUCGGCGGAUCGAGGGAUACCGGGUGGGGAGCCGGCGGGCCGGGGCAUGCCGGUUCGCGGGAGCCGACGGGGCGGGAGUUGCCGGUUGGGGAGCUGACGGGCCGGGAGCCGGCGGGUCAGGGGAUGCCAGGCCGGGAACCAACGGGCCGGGAGCCGGCGGGUUGGAGGAUGCCGAGAGCAGGCGGGUCGGGGGAUGCCGGGCCGGGAGCCGGCGGGUUGGAGGAUGCCGGGAGCCGGCGGGUCGGGGGAUGCCGGGCCGGGAGCCGACGGGUCGGGGGAUGCCGAUUCGCGGGCCGGAGGAUGCCGGGUGGGGAGCUGGCAGGCCAGCGGAUGUCGGGUCGAGUUCCGGGUAA